CAAUGAUUAACAAAGAUAAAAAGAUGAGGACUAAAUGGAAAGCAUCCUAAGUCAAUGCUUUUGUUUCGUACAAAACCUGUGUAACGGAUGAGCAUAAUUUUAUCAAUAUUGGAGUAAGGCAACUAAACUGAAUAAUUACUGGAAAAAAUCAAAGUAAAUCAAUGUUCAGCGUAGGGAGAAAUUGUUUUGUGCAAGCUACGAAGAGAGCUAAAAAUUUUCACCUAAUUUGCCAGAAGUUUACACCUACGAAGCCUGAGCUUAAAACUUUACCAAUUUUCCAAUAUCCAAUAAGUCAAGAGAAUGAUCGCAGAGUAUAUGUGUGGGGUCUUGCGGAGCAUGGUGCUCUUGGAGAACCAAAAAUUUUAAAAAAGAACAAAAUCUCAUAUAUAUCAAAACCAAAAAGAUCGUUCUUUGCUGAGCAACAUAAAGUAAUAGAUAUCGCUUGUGGAUAUGGUUUCACAGCUUAUGCUAUACAUGCUUCAGAUAAGAAUAUUGUUUAUGGCACAGGAAUAAAUACAGAUUCACAACUUGGUUAUAAUAAAAUUGACAAGUCUAACAUGGUACAUAUUCCAAGACCGAUAUAUUUACCAUUACAGAAUACCUUAACCAAAACUGUAAGCAUGGCUGCUGGAAGAGCACAUUUAUUAAUACUAACAACAGAAGGUUUGUUUACACUAGGUAAUAAUGCAUAUGGUCAAUGUGGUAGACCAAUUAUAUUGAAUGAAGAUUAUGAAAAGAGUAUGGUUGUACAUCAUAUACCUGACAUUAAAGGAAAGAAGAUUACUGCAGUAACAGCUGGUCAAGAUCAUAGCGUACUCUUGACAGAGACAGGUGAAGUAUAUACUUUCGGUUGGGGUGCUGAUGGACAAACAGGUCUUGCGCAUUAUCAAAAUGAAUAUCGACCAAGUUUAGUGAAGGGUGAUUUAGCAGGACAGCGUAUAAUCAAAGUUGUUUGUGCUGCUGAUUGUGUAUUAGCUCUUAGUGAUAAAGGAAAAGUUUAUGGUUGGGGUAAUUCAGAAUAUAACCAGUUACCAGUACAAGAAGAUAAUUACCAAAUAAAUAUUGCUACAGAAUUGGAUACACAGAAAUUAGGACAUAUAAUAGAUAUUGCAGCAGGUGGAUGUUUCUGCAUGAUCUUAAAUAAUGAUGGCAAUGUAUUUGUAUGGGGAUAUGGUAUACUCGGUCUUGGGCCUCAAGUACAAAAAGCAUCAAAACCUACCAUGAUUCCUCCUGCCUUAUUUGGCAACAAUGUAUACAAUCGUAAUAUCAAGGUAACAAAAAUAUAUUGUGGCAUUAGUCAACUAGCGGCAAUAACCAAUUCAGGAGAUUUAUACAUGUGGGGUGGCAAUAAAUUUGGUUCUCUGGGAUUAGGACAUAUGAAAGAUCAAUUUUUUCCCUUAAGGGUUGCAGUAGGAGCUCAAGUAACAAAAGUUGCCUGUGGAGUGGAUCAUACAGUGACUCUUUGUAAACCUUUCAUUUAAAACCUUUAAUUUAAAAGAAAGUUUAUUUAAGUAUUAGUUUAUUUAUGCAACCAAGCUUUUAAAACUGCUUGAAAUAAAAAAUUAAAAUUAAUUUUUUUUUUUUUUUAGAAUUUUCUUGCUAGUAUUUUAAAUCAUCACAAGACAUCGAGAUGUUUAGUAGUAUGCGUAUGUGCGUGUACAGGGCGUCCCAUUUUAAAGAUCCAUUAAAUAUCUUUUUAAAAAACGUUUUAAAAACAAAACAUUUUAAACAAAAGUUGUAGGGUUCAGAACUCUGCAAAACACUAUAAUAAAGUAUUUUUUAGUAACUAUUUUCUGAAUGAGGCUUGAAUUUGACAUGCAAUUUGACAUAAAAUAUAAAACAUCUCGUAAAUU